CGGAGGAUGUUACCCGAAGAAGAAGUGGCUUGUUGGGAUCAGUAUACUUGCGCUACCUGACUCGCGCCCUCCUGUACGUAACAAUGUUAGAACUCAUAGUGAAUGCAAUAGCAGUGCCAUUCGGCUACACGAGUGAAUUCAACGAAUCAGAGGCCUCUUUCUUUGGUGAUUCAUUUCCAUGCACGUCUUUCGGCAUGUGGAUGCAGGAUUCAAGGACCACAAGUGGUUGGUCGUUAUUGCCGGACGUCGUCCAAAGCAACACGCCUCCCCCGUCACCCCUCAGGAGGGCACUGUCCUCCUCUUUCGUGUUCCACGAAAAGGCCCGCUCCCAAACUCAAGACUGCUUCAGACCGGAGGCUGGAGGUGACAGGGAGAAUUCGACUCCUGCCCAACUCGAGAUCAGUAGAACGCAAGAGGAAGAUAAUUGCAGCUCUAAUGGGCAUCGUGUGUCCAGUUCAUUACUUCAGGAGGCCAAUCAUUCUUUAAGCUCAAAUAGUGACAAUGGCUGCCAUCCUGAUAUUCCCGAACUGACAUGGAAACUGCCAAGACUUGUCAGAUCGCCCCCUGAUCUCUGCCAGGAAGCCCUCCAGAAAGAGGUCAGCAUUACGCAGGGCGCUGUUGCCGAGGUCUCCGAAUACCGGAAGUUGUGUGCUGUUGGUUGUGACCUCCGGAAGAUUGCUGACCAAUUCGGGGUUGAGAACGCCAAGGUGAAUGGCAAGCGAGAGGAGGAGACGGAACUCAGGCUGACGAUUCCAGAGGCUUUAACGAAGUGCGUCACUGUCUCUAUCAUGUUCUUCGUCUGGUGGAGGCUCAUUCGUAAGCUCCAGUGACACUCGAGGGAUGUGACCGUCCUGUCCUCUUCCACUCAAUCGGGAAACCUCAACUAAAAGGGAAAUUUCCAAUCCGUCCAUCCACAAUGGAUGAAUUUUUGGAGAUUCAUCGGCGAUUGGAAUAUCCGAGAUUAUUGAAGGGGGUGGAUACUCCAAAGAUUCUCAGGGGGGUGAGGGUGAGGGUGAGGCCUUCUAGAUUUUGGGCUUUAGGGAAUAAGAUGUCAGAGAUGCUUAGGAGAUGGAGGCACCAGACUCCAGGGGAAUUGUAAGGAAUUCAAAAUGACAUUUUCUUGGGGUACUGGUUUUUUGGAGGUUCCGAUGAUCUCAUUACUGUUAAUAAGUUAAUAUCCAAUUACGGAUUCGAAUCAGUUUUGCAUGCUGAUGUAUUUACCUUAAAAAUAUUUAUUUUAAUUUCUUAGGUUUGAGGAAGAGGGUUGUAAAAACAUGACUGUUUAUAUGCUCCAUGAAUGAUGAAUGUGAACAUUCACUUUCACUGCCCUUCUGUCUUUCACUGUAAAGGAAACGUACUUUAAAUUAUUCAUUAGCUUCAUUAUAUUGCUUCCAAAACAUCUGAUUCUCCAGACCUUUCGACAAACAUUCUGUUCAAUACUCAAAAUCAUCAUCCAACGAAUCCAAUCAUCAAAAAUGUCCGAGAUUUUCCCAGACUAGUCACGAAAGUUACAUACAGCGAGAACGCGACAGGAGACCUAAAGAUAAUUCCUGUUAAAAGUGAUUUUCUUUAUUGCUGCAAUUUAAGUAUUGGUGCACUGAUGCAAGUAUUAAAUUACUUCCAACUUUUCAACUUUCCGUAUCUGUAGUUUUUUCGCUGUAGGGAAUUUGUUGAGGCUACAUAACUGUAGACUCGCAAAGACUUGGUUUAGCUUUACAUCAUGCAAUCGAUGGAUCUCAGUUUUUUUAUUAUCAUGUGGACUACCGGUCUUUCAA